GCAAGUCAGUAACCAAGGGAAUACUCACCGAGUCACGUGAAGCGGAAGGGAGAGAGAAGAGCAGUGAAGAACGAAAGAGAAUUUUCUGAAGAUUCUGGGAUUUUUGUUCAGGGGAAAAUGGAACCUACAAAUGAUAACCCAAAAAUGGAUCCUGCAAUAGAGGAGUAUGCUGCCUUUGAAGAGAAAGUGAAGCGCACUGUGUUCAUCGAUAACCUUUCUCCUUUGGCGACUGAAUCUGUCCUGAAAGCUGCUUUUAACCAAUUCGGGGAUGUCACGAGCGUUUAUCUGUUUCCCAACUACAUCGAGCCCAACAAUACUGCAUGUGCAGCUUUGGUGGAGAUGCGGACCCCAAAUCAGGCUGAAAACAUAAUCUAUGAGGUGAGCAAUUCCCCGUUUAUGAUCUCAGGGAUGCCAAGGCCAGUCAGGGCGCGUGCUGCAGAGACUGAGAUGUUUGAUGAUCGUCCUCGCAAACCUGGUAGAAAGAUAGAAUUGCGUUGGGUGGCCCCUAAUGACCCCGAGUUUGAGGUGGCAAAGAAGAUGACGGCUCUAGUCCGCAAACAUGCUGCUGAGGCUGACUUUUUAAUGAAGCAUCAACUGGAAGAGGAAGAAAAACUCGCGAAGAAGCAGGACUUGGCCUUGCAGGCACACCACAAGAAGUAUAAGCUGUUAGAAAGCGUGAGUGGUAGUGGUCCUAAUGGAAGUGCUAAUCAGUUGGCUCAACAUUAUGGCAUGCCUUUCGGAGACUCUAAGAAGUUUCACUGAAUUGCAAUACUUUUCUAACUCAUUGGAGAGCAGAUUUGAUGAAGCUAAAGAGUAUAUUGUGUCAUAGAGUGUUAAGCAAUUCUGCUGCCCU